GCUGGUGACGAGUGGUGACCUCGCGCCGUUUACUCCACACUCUCCAGUCUCCAGCCGCUGUCGCGCCGGGGCACAGCCGCCAGCUCCGGAUGGCCCUCCCCGCCGCGCCGCCGCCCUGCGCCGCGGGCCGGCUCCUCCCCGCCUCGCCGCCCAGCCGCUUCUCCCGCUCCCGCUCCCGCCCCCUCUCCGGCGCCGCGUUCCUCGCGCCGCUCCGGACAUCCGCAGUUUGUACCAAAGCAGUUUCAAACAGUGAUGGCACCCCUGGAACAAGCAGUUCUCCACAUGUGGUGUGUUUUGGAGAAUUGCUCAUUGACUUCGUCCCAACUAUCAAUGGUGUGUCAUUAGCAGAAGCACCAGCCUUCAAGAAGGCUCCAGGGGGUGCACCUGCUAAUGUUGCAGUUGGAAUAGCUCGUCUUGGUGGGUCAUCGGCUUUCAUUGGAAAGGUUGGUGAUGAUGAAUUUGGCUACAUGCUAGCUGACAUACUGAAGGAGAAUAAUGUAAACAAUCAAGGAUUGCUAUUUGAUGCACAUGCUAGAACGGCCUUGGCAUUUGUGACACUCCGAAGUGAUGGUGAACGUGAAUUUAUGUUUUAUCGCAAUCCAAGUGCAGAUAUGCUGCUUGAAGAAAAGGAACUUGACCUCGACCUUAUAAAAAAGGCAAAAAUCUUCCACCAUGGCUCAAUAAGUCUUAUAACUGAACCAUGUAAAACUGCACAUAUUGCAGCUUCCAAAGCUGCUAAAGAUGCUGGGGCCCUAAUUUCGUAUGAUCCUAAUUUGAGGCUCCCACUGUGGUCAUCAGCUGAAGAUGCUAGAGAUGGUAUACUGAGCAUAUGGGAAACUGCUGAUCUAAUCAAGAUAAGUGAAGAGGAGGUUUCCUUUUUGACAAACGGGGAGGAUCCAUAUGAUGAUUCUGUAAUUAAAAAACUAAUGCACCCAAACCUGAAACUGCUUCUUGUCACUGAAGGUCCAGAAGGCUGUAGAUAUUAUUCUAAGGAAUUUAGUGGGAGAGUUGGUGGACUUAAGGUAGGUGCUGUUGACACCACUGGCGCUGGAGAUGCCUUUGUUGCUGGAAUGCUAUCCCAACUAGCAGUCGAUUUUUCACUGCUCCAGGAUGAAGGCCGGUUGAGAGAAGCACUGAAGUUUGCAAAUGUCUGUGGAGCUCUCACUGUGACAGAGAGAGGAGCAAUCCCAGCAUUGCCCACCAGACAGCAAGUGGUGGAUGCGCUAACAAAGUUUGUAACUUAAAUAAACCAUGUAGAAUAUUGUUUCUCGUGUAGAUCAAGUUGUGAACUAUCCUCACAACACCAUGUUGUUAGAAUAGGUUUUAAUUUAUUGGUCGUGCAAUUUGGUGUGAAUACUCCUUGGCGCCUUGGUGAUGGUGUUAAACUGUCAACCCUGGCUUUUAGCCAACCAAAAUAAUCAGGCGCCAGAGUCUUUUUGCGGUCCAAUCGCGCAUGUAAAAUUGUAUUUUGAGCUACAGAGAUACUACGUACGGGUUAAAAUUAAUCACGGUAAUUUACCGUGAUCAACAGUGCUGUGAAAGAAUGCAAAAAAUUUCUGUUCCACGAGUAAA